AUGGCUUCCCCAGGUCCUCGACGCAUUGUCGUGCUCAUCUCUGGAUCAGGAACCAACCUCCAGGCGCUCAUUGAUGCUCAAGGAACCCACGCCCUCCCCAAUGCUCAGAUAGUCCUUGUCCUCUCCAACCGCAAGGCCGCAUACGGCCUCCAGCGCGCCGCGCAAGCCACCCCACCCAUCCCCACUGCUUACCUCGCCAUGCAGCCCUACCUCAAAUCCCACCCCGGCGCAACACGAGACGACUACGACGCCGCCGUCGCCGACAUCGUGCGUGAGGCGCGCCCCGAUCUCGUCGUCCUCGCCGGCUGGAUGCACGUACUGGGCACACACUUCCUCGACCGCCUGCAGGACGUGCCGGUGAUCAACUUGCACCCUGCGCUCCCGGGCGCGUUCGAGGGGACGCACGCGAUCGAGCGGGCGUACGAGGCGUUCCAGAAGGGGGAGGUGGAUAAGGCGGGUGUUAUGGUGCAUAGGGUGAUCAGGGAGGUGGAUAGGGGGGAGCCGUUGGUGGUGAAGGAGGUGCCGAUCGAGAAGGGGGAGCCGUUGGAGACGUUUGAGGAGCGGCUGCACAAGGUCGAAUGGCAAGCGAUCGUGGAGGGGACGGCGAAAGCGCUCGGUGUAUGA